UGUUAUUCGGUACUUGAAAGUAUUAUUUACCUUUGGUUUGUGUGCUUUUGUAGCAGAUACCAAAAUUAACUAUGUCCGUGUAUUGUUACACUAUAUUGAUACUUUGCUGCAUCGGAGCCGUUAAUAGCCGUCCGACUAAUACCAAGCCUAAAGUAGAGAGAUGGGAAAAGAAUUGGGAUGCAUGGAAAGAACAAUUUGGAAGGAAUUAUGAAACCGCUGAAGAAGAGGAGAGGCGGCACAACAUUUGGUUGCAGAAUAAGGCGCAGAUUGAACAACACAACAGGGAAGCAGAUGCCGGGAAACAUACAUAUUAUCAGGGAAUUAACCAAUUUGCUGACAAGGCUGAAGGUGAAUCAAUAUAUGGCUGUUUGGAUAGUGGACACGAAUAAUCUCAAAUCCUAUACUCUAUUCAGGGGCGUAGCAAGAAGGUGUUUUUAUUUUUUGGGUCGGACCCCCCUCCCCCCCUUUUAAAAUGUAAAAAAAAUUUAAUUCUUUUUCUGUAUCAUACAUAGCGAUUUUUCGUGGCUUGAAACGCUUUUUAGACUCUCAAGACUAAUGAAAACACAAGUUUUCCGGCGUUCGUCCGGACCCGCUAACUGUUUCGAUCCAACUUGGCAAAUAGAAGUUUUAGAACCCCCCUCCCCCCCCUUUGAAAAUUUCUGGCUACGUCCCUGAUUCCAAGCCCCAAAAUCACUUGACAAAGAUCAUCCCAGAAGCUUGAACGUCAGAUUUAUUUUUGAUUCAAGGAGACGUUGGAUAUCAUUUAACUAUGUUACUUUCAUUUUGUGUGUGUGAGCAAAAAAAGAAAUAAAAUCUUUGUCAUUCUAGAAUAAAUUGUAUUAUUGUCAUUUUCAUUCACACCAAUCGUUUCGCUCGUCAAAUAAAUUCUUCAUUGCAUUGAUAUGACGUCA